ACGCAGAAUCACGACAGUUGCCUUUAGUUAGGGUGUGUAACAUUACCAGUGUUCUGUUGUAAUUAUUCUAUUUUGAUAUUUACCUGUUGUACGUGCUCAUUGCUCUGCGCAGUGGGUCCACUUAACACUACUAAUGUGAAGUUGACCAUGGCUGAGAUCAGUGAUCCUAAGAUUGCAUUUGCCUAUCUACGCCCGACCUGUGUCCUGCUAACCCGAGAGCCCACUGUGACCAAUGUGGAGUUACUGAGUGCCCAGUUGAAAGAAGUCAAUGAUGCCACGUUGCAGCAGCUCCAAGAGUAUGUCCUCUUUCCUCUUCGCUUUGUCCUUAAAGUCCCCGGGCCUAAGAAGGACAAACUGGUGCAGGCUGUGGCUGAAGCCAUCAGCUACGUGCUGGAGAACACUUGUGUCCAGAGAUGGGACACCCUGCAUGACCUUCUUUCAGAGCUUUGCCUCUGCCUGUGCUGUCCAACCGAUCCUGGGAAGCCUGCAGAUACAUCUGAGGAGCUUAAAACAGCAGUGCUGAGGUGCCUGGACGCACUGCUUCAUGCUGCUUACGGUGAUAUAGUCUUUAAACUCUUUGAACCCGUUAUGCUGGCCGGACUGGGAGCUGCCAUAUCACUGCUGCUGGCUAUAGGAGAGAAGGAGAAAUCUCGAGAUAUACAGGCAGCAGCGUUAAAGUGCCUCCAGACUUUGACUCUGCAAUGUGAUUGCACUCAGGAGCACAUAGUCCCAUCCUCAGAGGAGAGAUGCAUUAUAGGCAGCACCAUGGCUUCCUUCUUACCUGGUAUCACUGUGGCUGUAGCCAGGAUCAUUACAGGAGAUCUGAGACAAGGCCAUGCAGUCACAGUCAGGGCCAUCAAGGUUUGGUCCAGGACUGUGGGGCUUGUCAUGGAAGAUGCCCAGCUUCAAGCCAGUGAGCCCUGUAAGACUCCCUCACCAGACCUGGGGAGAAUAGGACAACUUUUGGUCCAUCGGACAGAAUCCUGGGUGAAGAGCACAGCAGGGAAACUAUUUGUGCUCCUAAGAAAGAUCGUCUCCUGCACCUCAGCUCACCAGCACUGGACGGUUAGACUAGAGAUGGUGGAGCUGGAUGACCAUCUGCUGGCCAGAUGUAGCCAGUCACUGGGAGAGUGUGUGGGGCUGCUUCUGGAAGCACUGGUGGGAGCAAUCAAUGAUGAGGAGCCCAGAGUCAGAAAGAGGUGUGAGGUCGCUCUCAGAGCGGUAUCACAGAGGAAUCAGAGCUGUAGCCGCAGCUGUGAUACCAGUAAAAGCAGCAGCAGUGCUCAGACCUUUACUGAUGUGCUUUCAGAGAAUCUCCACGUUUUGGCUACCUCCCUGCCCAGACUGAUGAGGACUACUGAUGACCAGAAGAAGCUCUUUGUCCUUAAUGUGUUUCUGGGUUAUUUAAAAGUCCUGGGACCGCUUGUCUCUGUCGUGCUAAACUCAGCUGCACAUCUUGAGAGGAUUUCAAAAGCCUUAAUGCAGGUGCUGGAGCUGGAUGUGAUGGAUGUUCGCAUUGUAGAGGAAAGGAGUUACGCUGCUUCCAUAGAGACAAGCUCAGGCUCUCAUGAUUCGUACACUGCCCACAUUCAGAGGAAGCAUUUUCUCUACUUCACAGAUGAGAAGAUCUUCUCUGUGCUCAUGGAGAUCUGUCGAACAUUAGGUUACUAUGGCAACAUGUACUUGCUGACAGAUCACUUUCUGGAUCUGUACCAAAUGUCUUCUGCAUACAGAAAGCAGGCUGCCAUGGUGCUAAAUGAGAUUGUCAGGGGUUCUGCGGGCAUAGCCGUGGCAACAGAGACUCAUGGUUUGGAGAGUCAAGUCUGGAGACACUCUGCCACCCAGGAGGACCUCAAGAUGGCAGUGGUGUCUAUCAUGGAGGAAUACACCAGUCUGAAGAACUGGCACUUGAUUACUGUUGGUGAGGAGAUGGAUAGAGACCGGGAGGACCAGCAGCUGCUCAGCCCAUCCAGACUCGUCUCCAUAUCCAACAGCAAUGCCAGCAACACUAAUGCAAACUCACUCCAAGUGAUUCCUUCCACAUUUGCCUCCCCGUCUCCCUCAUCGUCCACCUCUACAAUCCACCAUCUCAACAGCAACAUCUGGCAACUGUGUAUCCAACUUGAGGGCAUCGCCUGCUUUGCUCAGGCCUUGGGACGUGACUUCCGUCCCUUGUUGAUGACAUCACUGUACCCUGUACUGGAGAAAGCUGGGGAGGAGACAUUGCUCGUCAGCCAGGCAGCGCUGGGCACCAUGUGGGACGUCAGCAAGGCCUGUGGCUACCACUCUUUAAAGGAGCUGAUCAAUGAGAACUCGGACUACCUGCUCAAUGACAUAUCACUUAACCUGCAGAGGCUCAGCCAGCAUCCACAGGCUCCACGUGUGUUGACAGUGAUGUUAACUCACUCUGACUGCAGCCUGCUACCUCUGGUUGAGGACAUUGUUCAGGAUGUGCUGAUGGCUCUGGAUCUCAGCUAUGACAACACAGCUGCUCUUUUCUGUUCUGUGCUGCACACACUCAUGGCAGCGCUGGCGAGGUGGUUUCCCUCCAGUUGUGGUAGGGUCGGUGAGUCUGCCAGACCUAAGCAGACCUCCACUCACAAGGAAGUCCUCAACAUCCGCCAAUUCUUGCUGGACUACCGCAAACAGAAAGAGCUGGCAGAGGGCAUUGGAAUAGAGGAGGACGACACUAAGGGCCUCGAAGUCCCUCCUCCCAUCGAGUGUGAGGAUGUUAAAGAUAUUGGUGGUCCUGAUGUAAAAGCAGAGCUUCCCUCCCACCUCCGCAUCACCAAAGAAGUUAUGGAGCGCUGCAUUCAUCUGCUGUCCAACCCUAGUCUCCGGGUCCGACUCAAGGUAUUGCCUGUGGUGUGA